CCCUCCCUCAUCCUCCAUCUGCAAAGGUCACUCGAGCACUUUUCGCCUGUUGUGUUCUAGCUCAACUCUCGACUGCGUGUACUCGGACCGUCUCUUGACUGAUUUCGCUCUCGUAUCUUCCAUCAUUUUGCAGUGACCGAUACCGAUCGACUUGUUUGAUUCCACGCCGGCAGCAUGACCGAUCCAACCUCACCCAGUCCUUAUUCGGAGAACAAACGAUUCGAACCCAAAGUCAAAGUCGAACUAAAUCCGCCGAAGGAGACUCUCAUCACACUAGAAGAGCUGAGCAAAUGCGACGGGACGAAUCCGGAUAAACCAACGUAUGUUGCGAUAAAGGGAACUGUCUUCGACGUGUCGAAGAAUUCUGCAUAUGGAGAGAAGGGUCAAUAUCAUGUAUUCGCCGGAAAGGAUCCCUCUCGUGCGCUUGCCCUGUCGAGCCUGAAGCCUGAAGACUGCGUCCCGGAUUGGGAUGAUCUCGACGACAAAUACAAGACUGUGUUGGACGAGUGGUACACGUUCUUUAGCAAGCGAUAUAAUAUUGUUGGCAAGGUCGAGGGAGCUCAAAAUGCUGGCAUGGACGAAGGGAGGCGUUUCACUUCAGAUGCUUCAUGAAUUCUCCAUUCAACCACAAAAUGCAUGUCGGUCAGGAUGAUAUAUACCCCCAGUGACUCCAACAAAUUGCGGACCAUCUGGGAUCCCUUCAUCAGCUUUUACGUGUCUUUCUGGCUUGUCGCUUCUUUGCAAUGAUGCGAUUGCGCUUGGCCACGCGGUUCUU